UUUAAUGUGUCUUUAUAGCAUUAUCUUCAGCUUUCCAAUUAACUGUAUACUCAUUUUUGGUGCAGACGUUGGGUAUAGGACAUGCAUUUUCUUCAUUUAUCUGGCUCUGUGGCCCCAUUACUGGCCUUGUGGUUCAACCCUGUGUUGGUAUAUGGAGUGAUAAAUGUACUUCGAAGUAUGGUAGAAGGCGUCCAUUCAUUCUGGCAGGAUCCCUUAUGAUUUCCUUGGCUGUGAUAUUAAUUGGGUUUUCUGCAGACAUUGGAUAUUUAUUCGGGGAUACAAGUGAGCAUUGCAGCACAUUUAAAGGCACCCGAACAAGAGCUGCUCUUGUAUUUAUUCUUGGGUUCUGGAUGCUGGAUCUUGCCAACAACACUGUGCAGGGGCCAGCUCGGGCACUUUUGGCUGAUCUUUCAGGUCCUGAUCAACGCAAUGUAGCAAAUGCUAUAUUUUGUUCAUGGAUGGCAGUUGGCAAUAUCCUGGGAUAUUCUGCUGGUGCUAGUGGAAAGUGGAACAGAUGGUUCCCUUUCCUGACAAAUAGAGCUUGCUGUGAAGCCUGUGGCAAUCUUAAGGCCGCAUUUCUUGUUGCUGUGGUUUUCUUGACAUUAUGCACACUUGUCACCCUAUAUUUUGCUGAUGAGGUUCCGCUUACUACAACUCAGCAUCGUCGCUUAUCAGAUUCUGAUCCUUUAUUGGAUGAACAACAACAAAAUGGCUUUGAAUUCUCAAAAUCAAAGCCUUUAUCAAAUGACAUCAAUGGAAAGAUAAAUGAGGAUCACAUUGAGAAAGAUGUAGAGCUAAAACAUGAGAAUUUGCAAGCUGGGGAAGAUCAUAAUGAAAACUUUAUGGAUGGACCUGGAGCAGUAUUAGUAAACUUAUUGACAAGUUUAAGGCAUUUGCCACCUGCAAUGCACUCAGUGCUUGUUGUAAUGGCUCUUACUUGGUUGUCAUGGUUUCCCUUCUUUCUGUUUGAUACGGAUUGGAUGGGGAGGGAAGUUUAUCAUGGAGAUCCUAAAGGGAGCUCUGCUGAAGUAGGUCUUUAUGAUCAAGGUGUUAGAGAAGGUGCAUUUGGUUUGCUGUUGAAUUCAAUUGUCCUGGGAAUUAGCUCGUUUUUCAUUGAACCAAUGUGUAACUGGAUGGGUGCAAGAAUAGUAUGGGCUGUUAGCAAUUUUAUCGUCUUUGUUUGCAUGGCUGGCACUGCUAUAAUUAGUCUGAUUUCCAUCCAAGAUCACCCUGGAGGUAUUCAACAUGUAAUUGGAGCAAGUGAAGGAAUCAAGGUUGCUUCCUUGGUUGUGUUUGUUCUUCUUGGUUUUCCUCUUGCGAUUACCUAUAGUGUUCCCUUUGCUGUCACAGCGGAGCUGACUGCUGAUUCAGGUGGUGGCCAAGGAUUGGCUAUAGGAGUUCUAAAUCUUGCAAUCGUUGUUCCACAGAUGGUCAUAUCCCUUGGUUCUGGUCCAUGGGAUGCUCUCUUUGGUGGCGGCAAUGUUCCUGCCUUUGUUUUGGCAUCGAUAUGUGCUCUAGCAGGCGGCAUUAUUGCGACUCUCAAACUGCCAAAUCUAUCUAACAGUUCUUUCAAGUCUUCAGGAUUUCACUUCGGCUAACGAUGAGGUGAAUCAAAUCUGGUGAUAUUUUUACUUGUACAUGGCCCUCAGAAAUUGGAAGAACACAUAAGUUUGAAGAGCUGCUGCGGUGCCCAUGUAUGUGACUCUGUAUGUUCCUUUCCAAUACACAGAAGUAGAAUCCCAUAUUCAAAUUCAUUCUUUUUACCCCUCAUUCUGGGGUGUCUGUAUUUUAUGUAAUGUUAACUGAUAGCACAAUAGAAAGAAAAAGCCACAGGUGCAUAUAAUAAUACUUUUUUUUUGUAAUGAUUGUUGUUCAGCCAUUAGUGAUUAUAGUUUCAUAAGAAAUCAAUUUUGAGAGUUGUCUCAGUUGCUCAAUAAAACACAAUGCUGUGUCGCACAAUUGAUAUUUUUUCUCGCAA